GCUCAACAAAGUAAUCCGGCGAUGCUUCGAGUGCGGAGCGCGGCCGUACCCGCCCCAGCGCCCGCCGCGGGGGCACCGCGCCCCUCCCCGCCAUCCCCGUUCCGUCCCGCCCCUGCCCGGCGUCGCUGAGCGCCCUCGGCCCCGCCGGAGCUGCGCGGAGAAAAGUGCGGAAGGAUACUGAAGGAGAGUGUGACACAAGCUGUAGUUCCGGCCACGGUCGGGCCUUGUUUCCCAAAAAUAGCGCGGCGCGGUAUCCGUGCGCCGGUGUCAGUGUCUCCUGAGGAGCCGCGGCGGGAGCGGAGCGAGCGGGGGAGCGGCGGUGCUUAUAAGAAGAAGUAGGAACCGUUUCUCAAGCUGAAGACAAAGUAAAAGAAAACUGUAUCAUGUGUUAGAACACUGAAGAAGGACAUUUCUUGGAUUAGUUUAUUUCUGGAUUGCUAAGCAAAAUAAAGAAGAGGCGAAAAUGGGGAGAAAGAAAAUACAGAUCACGAGAAUAAUGGAUGAACGGAAUAGGCAGGUCACCUUUACGAAGAGGAAGUUUGGAUUAAUGAAGAAGGCCUAUGAGUUGAGUGUGCUCUGUGACUGUGAAAUAGCACUCAUCAUUUUUAACAGCUCUAACAAACUCUUUCAGUAUGCCAGCACUGACAUGGACAAAGUUCUACUAAAAUACACAGAAUACAACGAGCCCCACGAAAGCAGAACCAACUCAGAUAUCGUUGAGACCUUAAGAAAGAAAGGCCUUAAUGGUUGUGAGAGCCCUGAUGCUGACGAUUACUUUGAGCACAGUCCACUAUCGGAGGACAGAUUCAGCAAACUAAAUGAAGAUAGUGAUUUUAUUUUCAAGCGAGGCCCUGCUCUGAACAAGAAGGAACACAGAGGGUGCGACAGCCCGGACCCUGACACUUCAUAUGUGCUCACGCCACAUACAGAAGAAAAAUAUAAAAAAAUUAAUGAAGAGUUUGAUAAUAUGAUGCGGAAUCAUAAAAUCGCACCCGGCUUGCCUGCCCAGAACUUCUCCAUGUCGGUGACGGUUCCAGUGUCCAAUCCCAACACUUUAACCUACAGCAACCCAGGGAGCUCCCUGGUGUCCCCAUCCCUGGCUGCCAGCUCCUCGCUCACGGACACGACCAUGCUGUCCCCACCCCAGAGCACCCUGCACCGCAACGUGUCCCCCGGGGCACCGCAGAGACCGCCCAGCGCCGGCAACGCAGGUGGAAUGCUGGGGACAACUGAUCUCUCAGUGCCAAAUGGAGCUGGUACCAGUCCAGUGGGAAAUGGGUUUGUAAAUUCCCGAGCUUCACCAAGUCUGCUUGGUACCAGUGGUGGUGGGAAUGGCCUGGGCAAAGUCAUGCCUACAAAGUCCCCACCUCCACCAGGAGGAGGAAACCUUGGCAUGAACAACCGCAAACCCGACCUCCGUGUCGUCAUCCCGCCCUCCAGCAAGGGCAUGAUGCCACCACUGUCGGAGGAGGAUGAAUUGGAGUUGAACACCCAAAGGAUAAGCAGUUCUCAGUCCACGCAGCCCCUGGCCACCCCCGUGGUGUCAGUGACGACUCCGAGCCUGCCCCCGCAGGGACUCGUGUACUCGGCCAUGCCCACUGCCUACAACACUGAUUACUCCUUGACUAGCGCAGACCUGUCUGCCCUGCAGGGAUUUAACUCCCCAGGAAUGCUGUCCCUGGGGCAGGUGUCUGCCUGGCAGCAGCACCACCUUGGUCCCGCAGCCCUCAGCUCUCUUGUCACUGGCAGCCAGCUAUCUCAGGGUUCAAAUCUCUCCAUUAACACCAACCAAAACAUCAACAUCAAGUCGGAGCCCAUCUCCCCUCCCCGGGACCGCGUCACCCCCUCCGGGUUCCCGCCGCAGCAGCCGCAGCCGCCGCAGCCGCCGCCGCCGUCGCGCCAGGAGCUGGGGCGCUCCCCGGUCGACAGCCUGAGCAGCUCCAGCAGCUCCUACGACGGCAGCGACCGCGAGGAUCCGCGCAGCGACUUCCACUCGCCCGUGGUGCUGGGCCGGCCGCCCAACGCGGAGGAUCGCGAGAGCCCCUCGGUAAAACGAAUGAGGAUGGACACGUGGGUGACAUAAACCCGCCGUGCCGCCCUUCCCGUUUGUGUUCUCAAAAUGAACUGUCCUGACAUAUCGAAAUUUAUAAAUAAGGACAUGAAUAAGUAUAUUUAUAUGUAUAUACAUACGUGCAUAUAUAUAUCUUCACAUGCAUAUAUAUGUGCUAGUGUGUGUAGCAUACACCAAUCAUCAGGCACUUACGACAAACUCUUGUAUAGCUGCAGAUGUCCCUUGGUCAAAGUAACAGAACAAUCCCGUAGGUUUGAUCUCUAGUCUGGCACUUACCUGGACUCGUGUGUGACCCCGGCCCGGCCGCGCGCAGCCGCGUCCCCGCAGUGUCUCCUCCUCCUCCACGCCCACCGAGCGAGGGCUCGCCUCUAGUACCGUCCCUGUGUGUAGUCAGCUCUAUGGUUACUCGUAGUUAAGAAAUAAUUGCUUUGUAGCAGCAGAGCAGUAGAAAAGCAGGAAGAAGAAAGCAAUACUGUACAUAAACUGACCUUUCUAUUACCCAACCUGGCAUGGGUCUCUAUUGCAGAGGGUGCAUGGAGAAGGGCUGAUGCUAUAAGAAAUAAAAAAACAAAAACCCUGUUUUGCACGUGCAAAAAAAAAAAAAAAAAGUGUAUUGGUCAAAGAAGUGAUUUUUUUAAUGAGUGAAAGAGAGACAUAGAGAACUCGCAUGAAAUAUUCAGAAAAUAUUAGCCUAGAAAAUAGAACAUUAACAAAAUAAAAUUAAUAUAUUAAGUUAUAAUUGGAAUAUGUUUGACAAAUUUGUUUUUACGUUCAUACCUUUGAAAAAUAUAGAAACUGAUUUUAGCUCAUGUAUAUUUUAUAUUAAAGAAAACAAUACCCUAAUGAAUUGAAGACUAUAUAUAAAGUUAUAUACAGUACUUUUGAACACAUUCUGCUAUGAAUUAUUUAUAUAAGCCAAAGCUGUAUGUUGUAGCUUUUUUGUAGAGUAUAGUUUUAUCUUAUUUUGACUUUCUAGUUUUUGCUUUCAAAGAUGAAAAGGAAAAACUUGCAGGCGGAACCUUGGGGGAAAAAUAAGCCAUGAACACUUAUAUGUAAAUUUAAAUUUGAGCCAAACUCUUUGUGUAUAUAGCAUCCUAAAUAUAUUAUCACCUUUGGUGUAAGUACCUAUGUAUUGUACGGUCACCAGAUUAAAAAGUAUAUUUUUGUGGAUUGACGCCAACUUGAAACAAGGCGAGGUCCUUAUUAAGUAGAGUAUUCACUGUUUAAUAUUUACUAUUUUGUUAAAUAUACUGUACUUUCUUUGGAUUUUAAUUAUUAUUAAUAUUAUUAUCCAGAUUUUUCAGAGGGUGUAUAAAGGGGUUGGCCCCCUCACUGGUGGUGAAUGUGUGCCGUUCAAUUGUAAUCUCUGUGCUGUAUGGUUAAGCUUCAUUAUACAUUUUAUAUAUAUGUAUAUAAAUAGCAAAGUGGCAAAAAAAAUCCGGUGUUAAGUUCAUCCUGCAUAAAUAUAAAAAAUCUGUUACAACACAUUUUAAGGCAUCAUUUUAAAGCUGCCUCUUCUGAGGAGGAAAAAAAAAACCAGUGGAAAAACUUGACCUAAUUUCUCAUGAUAGGGAAAUGACACAUAUCAGAGGAGCACAAAAGGUUUUGUGAGUUGGCAAGUGGUUUGGGAAAAAUUAGCUGCUUCCAAGUAAGAGAGGGAGGAAUGCAGAGCCCCUUGUGCCGCGAGACUGGGCUGGGAGCAGGUUUGGUGUUGGAUGCUCCCGGUCACUUCCAGGCUGGCAGUGCUGGUUCUGGUGGGAGCUGCAGAGCCCUGGGAUUGCCCAAACUCUUCACAGUUAGCCCUGAUAUUUAUUACAGUUUUUGCUUGGGCUUUGUAUUUUUUUUUUGCAGUUCAGAAAAUCCCUUGAUGCAGUAAGGGAGGGGUGAGACAGGCGGUGUCCCUGAGGGAGCUGUGCCCUCCAGCCCUGUCUCGUUGUCCUGGCAAGGUCCAGACCCGCAGGGGCUCCAGUGCCCUCCAGCCCUUGGAACUGCUGCCCCUGUCUGUGGGUCCGUCCCGGCUGGCAGGAGCCUGGAGGCAGAAGGGACGGGUUCCCGUGGCCGCUGUGUCCCCAGUGACCCAAUUCACUUGCUGCUCCCUGGAACCUUUUGCUGCUCUGACCAGUGAUGUGAGUUCCAUGAUUUAUGCACCUGUAUGAACUUUGCUGUACAUCCGAGUGGGAGUUCUGCAUUCACAUUUACUGUCUAUUUUCUUGUGUGCCUUAUCAGAUGGCUUUGCUGACUGUAUCUCAAUAGUCUUUAUUUCUAUGCAGGUUUUUAAACAGUACUUAACUACUGUUUUCUUAAAGACAAAGCUACACAAGGGUUAGAGUUUGUAUUGAAAUUGCACCAAUGAAUUAAAAAAAAUAAUGAAUCAGUUCUAAAGAGCUGGGCUGGGGAGCAGCCCUGUGCUGCCCCAGCCCUGCAGAAACGUCCUUCCACAGCCCUCCGGUCUGGGGGAGCACCUCCUGCCACCGAGGACAUGGGGAAUCCUGGUUUUUAAUAACAAGUAACUCACUUUGAAACAUACUUUUUUAGAAAUUGUAAAAAUGUUUUAUAAAAAAAAAAAGAUGACAUAGCACAGAUAUUUCAACAGGUUAAAAAAAAAAACUUUUUAAAAUUAUCUCUGCUGACUGAAGUGCAAGUGGAUCCAAUCCUGGGCUGAACCCAGUCAGGUCUGAAUGAUUUAAGAUUUUUAUCUCUGUUGUGACAAAUCACCUCCAUCCUCGAGCUCUCACGAUAGUUUUGGGAACGCCACGUUGUCAGGGACUCGUCAGAGAGAACUGCUUUAGCCUUGCCUUCCCUCCAAGGACACUAAUGCAUCAGAAACUUGCGAGUUACUGUGCGCACAAGAAAUACAUAGUAAAUAAGGAACAAAACAACUCCUAACAAUUGAUCCUGGGCAGAAGUUAAAUCCGAAUGUGAAAGAAAGACUUAACCAAUGUAAACAUUUAAAUCUUAGUAGAACCUUUCUUCACUUUGCUGUGCAAGAGAACACUGCUUUGCUAUAUUUAAAAUGGCUUUUUUAAAAGAGAUUUAUGUAUUUGGUAAAUGUUUGUAGUCAACAGUUCACAAGAAGCUGUUCACGGUUUAAUGCUGAUAAGCCGUUUGGCGGCACAAGCUGGACUUUGUUGCCAUCCUUGAGACGAAUCUUUUAAGAAAAAAAAUAAGUUAAUCUCAAUUUUUUUCCCUGAAUGUGUUGUUUUUUCUUCAAUAUACAAUAAAUAUUCUAGUGAACUUUUUAUCAAAUGGUUAAGAAAAUGCUAGAGGUUGUUGUAAAAUAUUUGUAUCCUGCAUUCACUAAAGUAAAGAUACUGGCUUUUACUGUGUACUCCGGCCUCUCUCGUGUUUGCAGAGCACUGGUCCCGUCGGGCGCGUCCUUGCCCCUCCAGGUGUCAGCCCAGGUGUGAGGUGCUGGUUUGUAACUGCAGCCACGAGCAUGUUCAUCAGCAGGAACACACACACUUGUUGCUGCACUUGAGGGCUGAUGCCUGCUAAGACUCUUCUUACAAAACACUUGAAGAAACUGGCAGAUGAAGCAGGGUCCAGGCAGAGUGGAGAGCCCAAGGCCAGUCCUGCCUGUGCCCUUCCUCCUGCUGCUCCCACUCCUGCUCACUGCAGGGCUGAGGUGAGGCUGCAAGGAGCCCCUCUUUCUAAGGCAGGUGCUCAGCUGUGUGGUAGCAAAUAAAGCACAAGCUGUGCCCCUUGUGCCUUGUAUUUCAUGUGGCUUUAUUUAAAAAUGUAAGAAUCCCUUCCCGCCCCCUCCCCAGAACAAAGAGAUACAGCUCUUCACAGAAGAAAAAUACAAGUUUUUGUUCAGUAUAAGAUACUUUGGAGUGCUUGCUUACAAAAUUAGGUUCCCACUUUUGAGAGCUGCAGGAAACAGAGGUUCUCAUUGUAACAGCACAGGGUUGUAUUUUGUGGUGUGGAGUCCUCACCUUGCUGGAGAAGCUUCAGUCCUCCCUGGGCAGGCAGAGGCAGUCCUUGAGGCCACACCUGUACAUCAGGUGUCUGCAGCACAGCCCCUCUCCAGCCCCUGUCUGCCCAGCCAGCCUUGGACUGCCAGGGGAAGCUGGAAAAGCUCAGUGGUCCUGCUGUGCCCACCAGCUCUGCCCUCACCCUCAGCACCAAUCCCACCUGCCCACACAAAAUCCCUUAGUGUUCCGUUCCAGUUAAGCCUUUACCUCGCCCACGGGCCUGGAAUUUGCUGAAUCAAAUUUCUGAGGCAAAUUUGUCUCUUUAGGAAGCUCCCAAGGCCUCCCUUGCUGCUCCCUUGCAGCAGUAGUGUUUGCUGAGUGGCCCUUGGGCUGACACCUCCACUGCCCUGUGGAGCUUUUCAAUGCACAUGAUUAGGUCACAGAAACCUGUCACAAUCAGCACAGUCACAGUCCUCUCCUAGAAAGGCUUCACCCUUCUUUCUUCUUGGGCUUCUGUCCUGGACUUUGCAACCUGCACCCAGCUCAGCACUUCACCCUCACUCAGACUGCACACAAGGAAGUAAUUCCAUGACUGAGCCCCUGUGUCUGACAAGCACCACUAUAGACUAUUAUUAGAUUUUUAGCAAAUAAUACUGACUAGAUCUCUUGCCAGCAAAUGAGCCCUUGAGAAGUGCCUGUGACUCCUCUCUCGUGCUCUCCUGUCCUCUCCCAACAGCCCCUGCCCACCUGGGGCCGUGCAGGGCUGAGCAGUACCCUGGGACAGCACAGAUCCUGCACUGAGAUCUCUGAUCUCAGGUGCCAUCUCUGAAGGAUUUCACUGAGGGGAAGAGGUCUGGGCUCACCCUUCCUAGGGGUGAACACAGCUCAAAGGUUUGCU